GGGCCGCAUUGCUGCGCGCGCGCUUCCUGUGAGGUCAGGUGGGAGGAAGCGGCCUGGGAGCCGCGGCCAGAGGACGGCGCCGGGGCCGGGAGUCGCACCUGCAGCCUUUUUGAGGUCUGAGGAAAGGUGCAGCCUAGCAGGGAUCCAGAGUUUCUGAGAGGAUGGUGCGGAUCUUGGCCAAUGGAGAAAUCGUGCAGGAUGACGACCCCCGCGUAAGGACCAGUACCCCGCCACAGAGUAGCACCCCUCGACAGAGUUUUUUCAAUAGGGGUCAUGGUGCUCCCCUGGGGGGUCCCGGCCCCCGGCAGCAACAGGGCGGGGCCAGGCUGGGUGCUGCUCAGUCUCCCUUCAAUGACCUCAACCGGCAGCUGGUGAACAUGGGCUUCCCUCAGUGGCAUCUUGGCAACCACGCCGUGGAGCCAGUGACCUCCAUUCUGCUCCUCUUCCUGCUCAUGAUGCUCGGCGUGCGUGGACUCCUGCUGGUGGGCCUCGUCUACCUGGUGUCCCACCUGAGCCAGCGGUGAUCUCUACCAGGGGGUCCAGUGUUGGGGGAGAAGGAGUUGCUAGGCCUUGGUGUGAGAGCAGGCGUGCGGGGAGGGGAUCUAGUGGUGCCUUGAAGGUGUACUCAGAGAACGUUUCCACACUGUGUUAAGGAUGAGGCAGACGGAGCCUCUAGUCCAGCAUUCCCAGAGUAUCAGGUGGAUGCCCUCCUUCCCUUGAGAUGUUUUUAGGUAGUAUUGAGCCUGCAUUAAGCACCUAGUCUGAGCAAGAAAGGGAUUCCCUUUCCAUUCUCUUCCAAUCCUUUUAUGCCAAGAAGACAGUCUGAGCUUGGUGCCAAUAUGUCUCAUGCCCCUGGAACACAUGCUGGCUUCUCCCAUGUCUAGGGAGCAGGCCUUGGGCCUAGGGCAGGCGGGAAGAGUUUCCAGACUUUUAUAGCCCUGUUUUGUUUUAACAGUAUAUUUUUAUUGACUAUCUUUUAUUUAUGACAGGUGGUACUGGCAUUCUGUUGUGGUGUUUUCAAUAAAUAAAUUUAAAACUGA